AUGUGCGACGUUAAGGUGUUCGCUCUGAGCGCCAUAGUGCUGUACAUUAAGUUCCUGGCCUGCACGAUGAUCCAAGGCCGAAAAGCCUUUGCUGCCGGCACGCGCAUGGCGGAGGAUAGCAUGCUACCUCAGGCUAUGAAUGCCCCACGACAAGGAUUCUUAGAACUCACGGACGAUAACGUCCGAACGGCGGUCGAGGAAGAAAAUCGCUGGAAGCGCAUUAUUCAGAACGACCUCGAGUCCAUGCCGAUGGCCUACAUCGUGUUCUGGAGUGCGAUCACCGUCGGUGUGAGUGCCUGCAUCACCAAGACACUGCUGCUUGUCUAUACGAUCGCUCGAGUCAGCCACACGAUCGUCUACGCUCAGGGCUUGGCUCGCACUCGCAUGGUUUGCUGGGUCAUUGGCGUGGUCUGCAUUGUUAUCAGUGCAGUGGCUAUUGUCGUAGUUGCAUUGAUAUAG